AUGACACUGCAGCCGUUCAGUGACGAGCAAUUGAAUUUCUUCAAGUUCUCGUCGUUAGUUUUAAAUGAAUUCCCAAAAGCCUUACGGCAGACCUUUAAAACCAUGUGGGACAACACCUAUGGAGGUCGCCCUGGUUUCCAGCUCUGGGAUGAUUCAUCUACUGUGCGAAAUUUGUUUGCCACUGCAGAGGGCGGCAGGACUAAAGUUCCUAUUGGCCAGUCUUACAAUGAAUGGGAUUGCACCAAUCUGUUCCAAGCUACAAUAUUUUCGAGGUCUUUUGCAUUAUCAGCCAGCACAAGAUCCUACUCCACGCUUAAUGAUUUGUACGUGAAGCCCCGUGCAAUUCCUCAUGGUAGUUUCCACGCAUGUGUGCUCAGCCCAGGUGGAAACAAUGAGGAGACCUUUGCACUUGCCAUAGAUCAGCUUCGUCUCCUUAGAAAUUCACUUUGUCACUCAGCAAGUUCUAAUAUGAACAAACUUACCUUUGACCAGCGCGUGAAUUACGCCAAAGAUGCGUUUCAAGCCCUUGGUCUCUCAACAGCCCCAAUCGAUUUCGUUGGUAGUUUGACAGAGUCGGACUUUCCUACAAAUGAAGUUCGUGCAUUGGAAACGCGACAACGAGACGAGACUCGUGCGUACAUCAGUUUUCUCGAGGAAGUGAACUCAGAUGUUGGUGAGGUAAAAGCGUUAUUACAGGCAUUAAAAACAGGACAAGAACAGCAGUAUAUUGCCAACAAAGAAUUCGUAACUAGGUUGGAGAAGAAGAUGGAUGAGUUGAAAGAAGGACAAAGCGAACGUGAUGCUCGAAGUAAAAAUUCAGGUAUAAGUAAAAAAAGAACAUUGAAAACCUAACCGAGAUACAUGUAGAUUGUACUGAGGUGGGCCUUUGAAGUCAUUCAAAGCAUCCAGUUAGUUAAAGCGACACUGUAUUAAAUAAUUGACGAUGGGUGUUAGAAUUUUAACAGAAACAAGGAAAACCUGCUAAGCAAGUGUUUCCGGGCGAGUUUAUUCGCUCACGUUCCAAUGUUCGCCGCAAACUCGCUUGAACACGGUUGCUAAAAAAGGCUAUCUCCUGUAUGACAGGCUUUCGCACCUUAUUUUCUCCUUAUGACACCACUUUAAAAGUUUUUAAGACUUAAAACCUUUUUCGAGGGGAAGGUGUCACAGCGUUUUGGGCAUCCCCAUUCCCAAAUCCCUAGCGUUUUGGGCAUCCCCUUCUCAUAAUACUGCAGCGUUUUGGGCAUCCCCCGGUACCCUCCCGGGAUGCCCAAAUCCCUAGUGUUUUGGUCAUCCCUUCCAAAAAAAUGCUAAAUUUCGCGGGAAAAUCGAAAACGUUUUAGAGAUGGCUUCCGCUAAAUAUAAAAAUCUUUUCCAGUAUCUUAAAAAGAGGGCUUAUCCAGAAGGCUACAAAGCAAAAAAACGACUCUGCGAAAUUUGCCAAAAAGUUCGAGUAUGACUCUAAAUUAGAGUCCUUGUUCUAGGUUGCCAAGGAGAAGGAUGGCACAGCGCUUCGACGAAUUGUUCACCGAGGAAGAGAAAGCGAGGGUCUUCGAAGAGUGCCACUCUGCUCCUUUUUCUGGACACGCCGUAAGCGAUAAUACUUUUGCACCCUGUGAAGGUUGUUUCCAAGGUGUGGUACAAAACGGCAACAGAUUUCUUCUGUCCCGUAGGUGCAAGAGGCCUCUGUAUAAAUUGUGUGACAGCCUUUUGUGUGUCAAGUAGCGCUGCGGGGUUAAGUUGUACAGGCCUCAAAUGUCAUGCAUACUACAGGGGCACCCAACGAGAAUAUAGUUCAAAACCACUUAAACAUAUCAUUGUUGAACGUAUUUUAGUAUUUAAACGGUAGAUAUAGGCAUAUUUUUAUCCCCUAAAAAUUUUCCAUCUGUUCGGAUCUCCUAGCUGAAAGUCUAGUGAUGCGAAAAUUAUAGGGAUCAAAACUUACCUUUUCGAAAAUUUCAGCCAGAAAAAAGGCUCCCGAAAAUUCUAGGUGACUUUUUUAGGGUAAAGAUCCGUUAAAAAUAGGCAAUUAUACCAUUUUUUAGAUGUUCGAAAAUCCUAGGAGAGGUAGACAAGUAAGAUUUUUACAACAAAUGUUCCGAAAAUUCUAGAUCUCAAAUCGUCUUCCGAACAGAUGUUUUCCAAAAAUUGUCGUUGGGUGCCCCUGAUACUAUGAAUUCAACACCGCAAAACGCAGUUUUAUUCAUGUUUGUCUUUUGAUUGCUUUGUUUAGUAUUCUUGUUUUUGGCUGUUUGGAAUCAGACGAUCGCAGCUGCCGGCGAUUGCGGCAUUUCUCGCUGGUAAACAGUUCUAUUGAAUAAAAUUGAAGCUUUGCAAACAAUGAAGCGUUGUACAGCGAAGGGAUGUUAUGCGGUUGUAAAUUUCAGUUUCCUCCCGUUUAGAGCCAGCGUUUACUACCUAUGGGUUUUUUUUCUGCGCAAUAAACCCGGCGAAAAGUGUCAGUCGAUCUAAUUCUAACAUGCAUCUACACUAUUCAGCCGUAAAUUCGUGAUAAUCCCGACUUUUCCCCAGUCUGAAAUAAUUUAGGUAAAGUCGAAGCGAUCAGCGUUUUAGGAAUGGGGAUGCCCAAAACGCGGGGAUGCCCAAAACGCUGUGACACAGGGAUUCCUGAAUCUUCAUUUUUUUGCUUGAAUUUCAGUUUUAAACUCUUUUGAAAGACCGUUAUUUCUGACUUCCACAACGGAUAAAGCCACUUAUUUGUUUACCUAAGCAUGUGUCUCCCGCUUACUUUUUACUUCCGUUGUUUUUUCCUUUAAAGGUACGAAGCCAUUUUUCUUAAGUGCUGCUCUUCCUUCCGUGGUUCCUAAUUUUACAGGUCGUCAGAGCGAGUGUAAGGAGAUCAUCAGAAACGUGACUUCCGAGUCUACCCGACUGGUGUCGAUCUGCGGUUCACCUGGAUUCGGAAAAACGUCUGUCGCGAUUGCAGUGGGACACGCUGUUCAGUCUCGAGGAAUCCCUGUUUAUUGGAUCUCAUUAAGAGGACUCCAUUCCAAAGCAGAUCUGACUUCAAAGUUUCUUAGUUUUCUGAGGCAACCCACCACACAUACCAAACUGCCCGAUCAGCGUUUAUCCAUUAAUGAUGAGAUUUGCCUACUAUUCAGUGAAAUUUCAAAGCCAUCUGUAGUUAUUCUUGACAAUGCAGAUGAUUUGCUAGAAACUGGUUGCCCGAAAUUAAAGGAAGAGGUCAUACAACUUUUUGGAGAAAUUCUUAGGCGAAAUCAAAAGGUUACAUUUGUUAUAACCGCAAGAGAGUCUCUUGACUAUAUGGACCUUAAUUUUCAAGGCCAUUGGGAGUUAAGAAUAAAAGCACUGGAUGACGCCUCUGCUCAAACUCUGGUUUCUGAAUUACUUCCAAAUGCAGGCGUUGCAGACCACACUCAAAUCGCGCACAUCUGUGGACAAGUCCCUUUAGCCAUGAGAUUACUGUGUUCUUUAGUAUCUGAAGAAGACAGUGCUCAACCGCGCCAUUUUCUCGAUGUUUUCAUGACAUCUUCGACAGGAGGUCUCGUUGGAAUGUUGGACAAUCCAGAUUACCCAGCUAGUCACCGAUUACAGUUCUUGCUUGACUCCUCUUUCCAGAGACUUGCUGCCCAGGAACAAGAAGCACUUGUAUCUUUGAGCAUUCUUCCCGACAACUUUAGCACAGAGGUUGCUGCAGCUGUUUUAGGCAAGACGGGGACUAUUGAAGCAAAAAAGAUAUUAGGAAGCCUUCGGAGGAAGUCGCUGAUUGAUUCAAGCUCUAAACCGGGGGGAUUUACAAUGCACAAGCUUCUGCAAUCAUUUGCAAGAGAAAAGGGAGAACAAGACAUGACAGAGACGAUUGUAGCUUCACAGGGUCGUUUGAAAGCUUUCUACAUUUCACGUUUUGAGACGCUAAAUCAACAAUUUCUUACGGGGCAUUCAAUGGCCGCAUAUAUUGCAUUCUACGAAGACAAGGAAAGUAUUAUUCAAAGUCUAGUGGAGGGCUGUUCAGAUCCCAAAACCGCUGACAGUGUUUUCGAUAUUUUGGUAAGAGGGGAGAUGUUUCUUGAUUCACUUUUUUGGAGUCCAAGUGAAGGGAAAAACUUUGAUUACGUAUACGAUGCAGCCAUAAAAGGAGCCAGUGAACAUAAGAAGGAAAAAUAUCUCAGUCAACUCCUUACCUCCCGAGCUUUCAAAGAGCUAGCGUACGGAACAGAUGGAAAGACAAAAUAUUUUCUUUCUAAAGUGAAUGAAAUUCAAGAGGCAUCCCCCAAUGUCCCUUUACACGAAAGAGGCAAAUACUCGUGCUACUUGGGAAUCAAUUACCUUUUUACAGAGGAACCAAAGAUGGGAGUCGAGAGCUUAAAGGAGGCUCUGUCAUCACUGGACAAUUGCAACAACCCAGAGCAAACAAUUCUUAAGCUUGUUAUUUUUCAGAUACUUACGGUUUAUUAUCGGUCCCUAAAUGACUUCUCUAACGCAAGUAAGUUUUAUGAUAAGGCACUAAAGGAAUGCAGUGUAGUUGAGGAUUUGGAUCUACUUGUUAUCUCAUCGAUGAUGAGGGAAACAAAGGAAACUACCAAUGAAAUUCAUAUUCAUAACGACUCGGAAGUCUGUCUAAAUCAACCGCUAAAAUGCGAAAUUGCUUUUCUAUUAAGCGAAGCAACCAAGUCCUUUUCUGAUUCUGACACCAACCAAUAUACAAGCAGCUUGGUUCUCCAGAUACUACAGAAUAUCGAAAGACAAGGUGAAAUGUCCGUUGGUUUGCUUAGUUUCCAAAGAGUUGUGACACACGUUUUGUGGCUCUUAAAUUCUGAAGACCCUGUAAAACUGUAUAUGUCAAGAAUCAAAUACCACCAAACACUACUCAAAAAAGGCAAAAACAGUUCAUGUCGGCAGAAAGAAGAAUCAAGCAGCUUUACCCAUAUGCAAAAUGAAGCACUUGCCAAGUAUUACGAAGACCUGGCUGAAGUUUACAAACAAAAAAUGAACUACCCAGAAGCUGUACAAGCAAUUCAGGAAGCCCUUUUGGUAAUAAUAACGCAUUUUGGAGAGAAACAUGAAAGCACUGCUGACAGCUACACUUCACUCGGGGUGACACAACACGCAAUGCAAGACUACAAAGCAGCUCUUCAGUCUCACCAGCGUGCAUUAGCUAUACGCAUUAAACUGUUUGGAGAAGAACAUGAAAGCACGGCUGAGAGCUACAGUACACUUGGUGUAACACAACACCAAAUGCAUGACUACAAAGCAGCUCUUCAGUCUAAGCAGCGUGCAUUGGCUAUAUGCAUUAAACUGUUUGGAGAACAACAUGAAAGCACUGCUGAGAGCUACAGUACACUUGGUGUAACACAACACCAAAUGCAUGACUACCAAGCAGCUCUUCAGUCUCACCAGCGUGCAUUAGCUAUACGCAUUAAACUGUUUGGAGAAGAACAUGAAAGCACGGCUGAGAGCUACAGGACAUUGGGUGUAACAGAACACGAAAUGCAUGACUACAAAGCAGCUCUUCAGUCUGAGCAGCGUGCAUUAGCUAUACGCAUUAAACUAUUUGGAGAAGAACAUGAAAGCACUGCUGACAGCUACAGGGCACUCGGUGUAACACAACAGCAAAUGCAAGACUACAAAGCAGCUCUUCAGUCUAAACAGCGUGCAUUAGCUAUACGCAUUAAACUGUUUGGAGAAGAACAUGAAAGCACUGCUGACAGCUACAGGGAACUCGGUGUAACACAACACCAAAUGCAUGACUACAAAGCAGCUCUUCAGUCUCACCAGCGUGCAUUAGCUAUACGCAUUAAACUGUUUGGAGAAGAACAUGAAAGCACGGCUGAGAGCUACAGGACAUUGGGUGUAACAGAACACGAAAUGCAUGACUACAAAGCAGCUCUUCAGUCUAAGCAGCGUGCAUUAGCUAUACGCAUUAAACUGUUUGGAGAAGAACAUGAAAGCACGGCUGAGAGCUACAGGACAUUGGGUGUAACACAACACGAAAUGCAUGACAACAAAGCAGCUCUUCAGUCUCACCAGCGUGCAUUAGCUAUACGCAUUAAACUGUUUGGAGAAGAACAUGAAAGCACGGCUGAGACCUACAGGACAUUGGGUGUAACACAACACGAAAUGCAUGACAACAAAGCAGCUCUUCAGUCUCACCAGCGUGCAUUAGCUAUACGCAUUAAACUGUUUGGAGAAGAACAUGAAAGCACGGCUGAGAGCUACAGGACAUUGGGUGUAACAGAACACGAAAUGCAUGACUACAAAGCAGCUCUUCAGUCUAAGCAGCGUGCAUUAGCUAUACGCAUUAAACUGUUUGGAGAAGAACAUGAAAGCACGGCUGAGAGCUACAGGACAUUGGGUGUAACACAACACGAAAUGCAUGACAACAAAGCAGCUCUUCAGUCUCACCAGCGUGCAUUAGCUAUAUGCAUUAAACUGUUUGGAGAAGAACAUGAAAGCACUGCUGACAGCUACAGGGAACUCGGUGUAACACAACACCAAAUGCAUGACUACAAAGCAGCUCUUCAGUCUCACCAGCGUGCAUUAGCUAUACGCAUUAAACUGUUUGGAGAAGAACAUGAAAGCACGGCUGAGAGCUACAGGACAUUGGGUGUAACAGAACACCAAAUGCAUGACUACAAAGCAGCUCUUCAGUCUAAGCAGCGUGCAUUAGCUAUACGCAUUAAACUGUUUGGAGAAGAACAUGAAAGCACGGCUGAGAGCUACAGGACAUUGGGUGUAACACAACACGAAAUGCAUGACAACAAAGCAGCUCUUCAGUCUCACCAGCGUGCAUUAGCUAUACGCAUUAAACUGUUUGGAGAAGAACAUGAAAGCACGGCUGAGAGCUACAGGACAUUGGGUGUAACACAACACGAAAUGCAUGACAACAAAGCAGCUCUUCAGUCUCACCAGCGUGCAUUAGCUAUACGCAUUAAACUGUUUGGAGAAGAACAUGAAAGCACGGCUGAGAGCUACAGGACAUUGGGUGUAACAGAACACGAAAUGCAUGACUACAAAGCAGCUCUUCAGUCUAAGCAGCGUGCAUUAGCUAUACGCAUUAAACUGUUUGGAGAAGAACAUGAAAGCACGGCUGAGAGCUACAGGACAUUGGGUGUAACACAACACGAAAUGCAUGACAACAAAGCAGCUCUUCAGUCUCACCAGCGUGCAUUAGCUAUACGCAUUAAACUGUUUGGAGAAGAACAUGAAAGCACUGCUGACAGCUACAGGGAACUCGGUGUAACACAACACCAAAUGCAUGACUACAAAGCAGCUCUUCAGUCUAAGCAGCAUGCAUUAGCUAUACGCAUUAAACUGUUUGGAGAAGAACAUGAAAGCACGGCUGAGAGCUACAGGACAUUGGGUGUAACAGAACACCAAAUGCAUGACUACAAAGCAGCUCUUCAGUCUAAGCAGCGUGCAUUAGCUAUACGCAUUAAACUGUUUGGAGAAGAACAUGAAAGCACGGCUGAGAGCUACAGGACAUUGGGUGUAACACAACACGAAAUGCAUGACAACAAAGCAGCUCUUCAGUCUCACCAGCGUGCAUUAGCUAUACGCAUUAAACUGUUUGGAGAAGAACAUGAAAGCACGGCUGAGAGCUACAGGACAUUGGGUGUAACACAACACGAAAUGCAUGACAACAAAGCAGCUCUUCAGUCUCACCAGCGUGCAUUAGCUAUACGCAUUAAACUGUUUGGAGAAGAACAUGAAAGCACGGCUGAGAGCUACAGGACAUUGGGUGUAACAGAACACGAAAUGCAUGACUACAAAGCAGCUCUUCAGUCUAAGCAGCGUGCAUUAGCUAUACGCAUUAAACUGUUUGGAGAAGAACAUGAAAGCACGGCUGAGAGCUACAGGACAUUGGGUGUAACACAACACGAAAUGCAUGACAACAAAGCAGCUCUUCAGUCUCACCAGCGUGCAUUAGCUAUACGCAUUAAACUGUUUGGAGAAGAACAUGAAAGCACUGCUGACAGCUACAGGGAACUCGGUGUAACACAACACCAAAUGCAUGACUACAAAGCAGCUCUUCAGUCUCACCAGCGUGCAUUAGCUAUACGCAUUAAACUGUUUGGAGAAGAACAUGAAAGCACGGCUGAGAGCUACAGGACAUUGGGUGUAACAGAACACCAAAUGCAUGACUACAAAGCAGCUCUUCAGUCUAAGCAGCGUGCAUUAGCUAUACGCAUUAAACUGUUUGGAGAAGAACAUGAAAGCACGGCUGAGAGCUACAGGACAUUGGGUGUAACACAACACGAAAUGCAUGACAACAAAGCAGCUCUUCAGUCUCACCAGCGUGCAUUAGCUAUACGCAUUAAACUGUUUGGAGAAGAACAUGAAAGCACGGCUGAGAGCUACAGGACAUUGGGUGUAACAGAACACGAAAUGCAUGACUACAAAGCAGCUCUUCAGUCUAAGCAGCGUGCAUUAGCUAUACGCAUUAAACUGUUUGGAGAAGAACAUGAAAGCACUGCUGACAGCUAUAAAGGGCUCGGUGUAACACAACACCAAAUGCAUGACUACAAAGCAGCUCUUCAGUCUCACCAGCGUGCGUUAGCUAUACGCAUUAAACUGUUUGGAGAAGAACAUGAAAGCACGGCUGAGAGCUACAGGACAUUGGGUGUAACACAACACGAAAUGCAUGACUACAAAGCAACUCUUCAGUCUGAGCAGCGUGCAUUAGCUAUACGCAUUAAACUGUUUGGAGAAGAACAUGAAAGCACGGCUGAGAGCUACAGGACAUUGGGUGUAACACAACACCAAAUGCAUGACUACAAAGCAGCUCUUCAGUCUCACCAGCGUGCAUUAGCUAUACGCAUUAAACUGUUUGGAGAAGAACAUGAAAGCACGGCUGAGAGCUACAGGACAUUGGGUGUAACAGAACACGAAAUGCAUGACUACAAAGCAGCUCUUCAGUCUGAGCAGCGUGCAUUAGCUAUACGCAUUAAACUGUUUGGAGAAGAACAUGAAAGCACUGCUGACAGCUACUGGGAACUCGGUGUAACACAACACCAAAUGCAUGACUACAAAGCAGCUCUUCAGUCUCACCAGCGUGCAUUAGCUAUACGCAUUAAACUGUUUGGAGAAGAACAUGAAAGCACUGCUGAGAGCUACAGGACAUUGGGUGUAACACAACACGAAAUGCAUGACUACAAAGCAGCUCUUCAGUCUCACCAGCGUGCAUUAGCUAUACGCAUUAAACUGUUUGGAGAAGAACAUGAAAGCACUGCUGACGGCUAUAAAGGACUCGGUGUAACACAACACCAAAUGCAUGACUACAAAGCAGCUCUUCAGUCUCACCAGCGUGCAUUAGCUAUACGCAUUAAACUGUUUGGAGAAGAACAUGAAAGCACGGCUGAGAGCUACAGGACAUUGGGUGUAACAGAACACCAAAUGCAUGACUACAAAGCAGCUCUUCAGUCUAAGCAGCGUGCAUUAGCUAUACGCAUUAAACUGUUUGGAGAAGAACAUGAAAGCACUGCUGACAGCUAUAAAGGACUCGGUGUAACACAACAGCAAAUGCAUGACUACAAAGCAGCUCUUCAGUCUCACCAGUGUGCAUUAGCUAUACACAUUAAACUGUUUGGAGAAGAACAUGAAAGCACUGCUGACAGCUACAGGCAACUCGGUGUAACACAACACCAAAUGCAUGACUACAAAGCAGCUCUUCAGUCUCACCAGCGUGCAUUAGCUAUACGCAUUAAACUGUUUGGAGAAGAACAUGAAAGCACUGCUGACAGCUACAGGGAACUCGGUGUAACACAACACCAAAUGCAUGACUACAAAGCAGCUCUUCAGUCUCACCAGCGUGCAUUAGCUAUACGCAUUAAACUGUUUGGAGAAGAACAUGAAAGCACUGCUGACAGCUACAGGGAACUCGGUGUAACACAACACCAAAUGCAUGACUACAAAGCAGCUCUUCAGUCUAAACAGCGUGCAUUAGCUAUACGCAUUAAACUGUUUGGAGAAGAACAUGAAAGCACUGCUGACAGCUAUAAAGGACUCGGUGUAACACAACACCAAAUGCAUGACUACAAAGCAGCUCUUCAGUCUGACCAGCGUGCAUUAGCUAUACGCAUUAAACUGUUUGGAGAAGAACAUGAAAGCACUGCUGAGAGCUACAGUACACUUGGUGUAACACAACACCAAAUGCAUGACUACAAAGCAGCUCUUCAGUCUCACCAGCGUGCAUUAGCUAUACGCAUUAAACUGUUUGGAGAAGAAGAUGAAAGCACGGCUGAGAGCUACAGGACAUUGGGUGUAACACAACACGAAAUGCAUGACUACAAAGCAGCUCUUCAGUCUAAGCAGCGUGCAUUAGCUAUACGCAUUAAACUGUUUGGAGAAGAACAUGAAAGCACGGAUGAGAGCUACAGGACAUUGGGUGUAACACAACACCAAAUGCAUGACUACAAAGCAGCUCUUCAGUCUCACCAGCGUGCAUUAGCUAUACGCAUUAAACUGUUUGGAGAAGAACAUGAAAGCACUGCUGACAGCUAUAAAGGACUCGGUGUAACACAAUACCAAAUGCAUGACUACAAAGCAGCUCUUCAGUCUCACCAGCGUGCAUUAGCUAUACGCAUUAAACUGUUUGGAGAAGAACAUGAAAGCACUGCUGACAGCUACACGGAACUCGGUGGAACACAACACGAAAUGCAUGACUACAAAGCAGCUCUUCAGUCUAACCAGCGUGCAUUAGCUAUACGCAUUAAACUGUUUGGAGAAGAACAUGAAAGCACUGCUGACAGCUACAGGGAACUCGGUGUAACACAACACCAAAUGCAUGACUACAAAGCAGCUCUUCAGUCUCACCAGCGUGCAUUAGCUAUACGCAUUAAACUGUUUGGAGAAGAACAUGAAAGCACUGCUGACAGCUACACGGAACUCGGUGGAACACAACACCAAAUGCAUGACUACAAAGCAGCUCUUCAGUCUCACCAGCGUGCAUUAGCUAUACGCAUUAAACUGUUUGGAGAAGAA